AUGUCUGCACAACAAAGACUUAAUGCUGUCAAGCAGCACUUGACUCCCGAAAUAGAACGUGCUAAUGCCGUAGAUCCAGUGGCCAGCAUGAACGAGGAACGUGCCAAAGCUUCCUUCAACGUUCGCGAUCUUACAUACUUGCUGGACGGCAGCAAGCACGCAACCGAGUUGCGAGAACGUAUGAUGCUGGAAAUUGAGCGCGACCCUCUUUUCGCUAUGCACGAUGUCCAUGAUCUUACCAAGGGCGAGCUUCGUGAACGUACCAUGGAAAAGUUCCGCAGCAUGAUCCAUCACUUGCAAAACGAGUCGGUUGAUACAUUCAAGAAGAGAAUGGAAGUGAUCAGUUUGAUUGAUGCUGGUUUCUGGACCCGCUUUGGUGUUCAUUACGGUUUGUUCGUCGGUGCACUUCAGAGCAAUGCCAGCCCUGGCCAGCUCUCAUACUGGUUUGAAAAGGGUGCCUUGUCCUUGACCGGCAUGAUUGGUUGCUUUGCUAUGACUGAAAUCGGUCACGGAUCAAACGUGCCUGGUCUUGAGACCACCGCCACCUUUGAUGAAGCUUCUGAUCAAUUCAUCAUCCAUACCCCGACCCUGACGGCUACCAAGUGGUGGAUCGGUGGUGCUGCCCACAGUGCUACCCACGCUGCUGUUUUCGCACAGCUCGUUGUCAAGGGCAAAAACUAUGGCACCAAGUGCUUCGUUGUGCCUCUCCGUGAUCCCAAGACUUAUAACCUCUUGCCUGGCGUCAACAUUGGCGAUAUCGGCAAGAAGAUGGGCAGAGAUGGUAUCGAUAACGGCUGGAUACAGUUCACCAACGUCCGCAUUCCCCGUGGCUACAUGUUGCAAAAGCACGCCAAGGUGACGCGCAGCGGUACUGUCACUGAGCCUAAGCUUCAGCAAUUGACCUACGGUGCCCUUUUGCAGGGUCGCGUUGCCAUGGUUGUUGACAGCGGCAACGUCUCCAAGAAGGCUUUGACCAUCGCCACCCGUUAUGCUGCCGUCCGUCGUCAAUUCGCCAAAUCGAAGGCCAACGGCGUCGAAACCAAGUUGCUCGACUACCCCAUCCACCAACGCCGUCUGAUGCCUCUUUUGGCCCAGGCUUUCGCCAUGCACUUUACUGGUGCCGAGAUGACUGCCAUGUACAAUAACAUGAUGACUCGCUUGGACAGCGCCAGCCCCGGCGAUGCCGACAUGGAAGAAGUCUUGGAGAUGCUCAAGGAGACCCACGCCACCAGUGCCGGUCUGAAGGCUUUCUGCACAUGGAACUGCUUGAAUACCAUUGAACAGUGCCGUCAGUCGUGCGGUGGCCACGGCUACUCUGCUUACACCGGCUUGGCCAGCAUGUACAACGACUUCGCAGUGCAGUGCACCUGGGAAGGUGACAAUACCAUUUUGGCUCUUCAAUCUGGCCGUUACUUGAUCAGCAGCUAUCGUGAAGCCGUUGACGGCAAGAAGCUGUCUCCUGGUGUUGGCUACUUGAACAAUUUGAACAGACUUAUUGGCAAGCGCUGUGGCGUCUCUAAAGUCGAAGAUAUCGUCACUCCAGAAAUCAUCAUUGAAGGUUGGCAGGUCGUGUGCGCCAACGUGGUCAAGAACGCCGCUUUGGAGUUUGAAGAAUGCUUGAAGAACGGUCUCGAUGCCGAUGAUGCAUAUGAACAAUGCUCGCAAUCCCGCUUGUAUGCAGCCCGCUUGCAUUCGUAUGGCUACUUGUUCCAACGAUUCGCAGAUGGCGUUUCCAAGGUGCAGGGUGACCUCAAGUCCGUCUUGAUGGACGUAUGCAUGCUGUACGGUCUUUACACUGUUGAAGAGAAUGCUGGCGCUUUCCUCCAAUACGAGUAUUUCACUCCCACGCAGAUCGAAUAUGUCCGCGCCCAGACCAACGUCUUGUGCAAGGCUGUCCGUGAUCAGGCCAUCCCCCUCAUCGACUCGUUCAACUUCUCCGACUAUGUCAUCAACAGCCCCUUGGGCCGUGCCGAUGGCAACGUCUAUGUCCACUACUUUGACCAAGUCAAGCGAUCCAACCCUCAGGGCGACCACCCUUACUUUAACCGCUUGGUCAAGCCCUUGUUGGAACGCGAGAUUGAUGGUGGCGAUUACGAGGACGAGGAAGCAGGCUUGGAGGAGGAGGAUGAUGAGUAA